CUUUCGUGUGCUCGACUUGGGGAUCCUUCAUUUCGUUGUUUUUGUCAACGAGGAUCGUUACGUGUGCGGACGCGCUAGGAUAUAUACCAUCGUGGUGUUUUCUAGUCUCCGUUGGAUUCCUUUUUAGGUUGGAAAAUGUUUCUUUGUGGGAGGAUCAGCCGCCUGUCCUUUCUUCUGAUCAUAUUCAUCAUCUUCAUAUUCCUCUUGGAAAUCAAGUUCUUUUCCCCUUCGAGGUCACAGACUCACGUGGUGUUCAAUAGGAGAAAUCACGUGACGUCCACACCUGAUCACCAGUCUCGUGGUCUCCUAGUGGACACAGCUUCUUGCAAGAUACCCGACGUUGACCCAUUUGACAAAUCCAUCCUGCAUCUCAUCCGAAGACGUGGAAAAAUUCUUUGCGUUGGGAAGCCUUCCAUAACUUUCGAGGAAGGCUCAGUGCUCAGGCUGAACUGGACAGUGAUAAAUGAAUAUUACAAAGGAGAUUUCAAAUAUUGCAAGUAUCAACCGAUCAUCAGAGGACCCAAGGGGAACGAUUUUUACUUCACUUACGGUCCGUUCAAGAAAUCCUUCUCUUCGGACGUGCAAGCGAAACACGAAUUUAUUCGAGUGUAUUGUUACAGCAAGUCGGGCGGGAAGAUCUACACGAACUUCCAUUCUAUAGUCAUUCCAAAACCUGAGGUUGAAGAACAAUGUGACACGAGGUUUCGUCGUUAUUUGAAGCGACACCAGCCAAAAGAAAAGUUAAACGUGAUGAUGAUUGGUGUUGAUUCCGUAUCACGCUUAAACUUAAUGCGGCAGAUGCCAAGAACAAGAGAGUUUCUCCUCAGAAAUCUUAGCGCUGUCGAAAUGCUUGGCUACACGAAAGUAGCAGAUAAUACGUUUGUGAACAUUGUCCCCAUGACCACUGGGAAGUACGUGGAAGAACUGCCGUGGAACGAAACAAUGGUAAAAACGCCAUUUGACAAAUAUGACUUCAUCUGGAAAGAGUUCUCUAAAAAUGGUUUCAAAACGUUGUACGCGGAGGACGCCCCAAAAAUCGCAAUGUUUCAAUACGGUAAGGCGGGGUUCCACACGCCUCCCGCUGAUUUCUAUAACAGGGUGUUCAGCGUUGCCAUGGAGAAGCACAAAUCGGUGUGGAAUCACAACCACCACUGCGUUGGUGACAGAAUGGAGUCGGAUAUUGUUUUAAAAUACGUGCGAGACUUUGCAGUGCAGAAUACCCACAAAGCCACCUUUGCGUUCGCUUUUAUUACCCGACCUUCUCACGAUUACGCCAACGAUGCCGGAAUUGCAGACGAUCCGCACUUCCGGUUUCUGAACACACUAAGGGACGAUGGUAUACUUAAAAACACUGUUUUGAUUUACUACAGUGACCAUGGUAACCGAUACGGCAGAAUACGUAAUACGUUUAUAGGCAAACUCGAAGAAAGACUUCCUUUUUUAUUUCUUGUUUUUCCACGGUGGUUUCUAAUCAAAUACAAGGAAAUAGCUAGGAACCUUCAAGUUAAUUCAAAACGACUGUCUACACCUUUUGAUGUAUAUGAAACUUUAAAAGAUAUACUCUACUUUACCGGUAACUUCCCAAAGAGAGACAGGGGUGAAAGAGGAAUCAGUUUAUUGAGAGAGAUCCCAAAGGAACGAUCGUGUUUUGAUGCGUCCAUCAUGCCGCAUUGGUGUAUGUGUUUCUCCAGGAAGAAAUUAUCAAACACUUCCACGAUAGCAGUAGAGGCUGCAUAUUCGCUUUUGUUACACCUCAACAAGAUCUUGUACGACUACAGAUACAAAUGUGCACCGCUUGAAAUAUUCAGUAUUAUAGAUGUCACAGUUAUGAUGCCCAAUAAUAAUGGUUUUCAUUUUGAACAAAGUCUAAAUGACGUCAUCAACAGAACAGUUCACUAUGGUAACAGGACAGACGCAUUUUCCCUUUAUCAGCUGACUGUUGUAAGUAAACCUGGCGGUGGUAUGUUUGAGAGCACCGUCAAAUAUGAUGAGAGAACAGCCCGCUAUUCCGUCGAUGGUGACGUCAGUCGGAUAAACGUUUUCGGAGACCAGUCUAAAUUUCAGGAACAUUUUUAUAAACAAUGAAGUUGAGAAAACGGUUUUAGUGCUAGCAGCAGUUGCAACAGGUCAUCACCAUGGACACCGUCAUGGAUAACUCCGCAGUUGGCGUUGUUUAGUAUCUAUAUAUAUAUAUUAUAGUUACUCGGUUACUGCGAGAGUGCACUUUUAUCGAUGUUUGGUAUGACGUUUUGCUUAUUUUUCAUAUGGAGUUUUGACAUUUUUACUGAUUAAAGUCAAAAUGAAGACAGGGUGCGGAUAAGACUGAAAACAAUGAAAUACAGAUCAAGAAUAUUGUUUGUUAAACGAUCACAUUUAGUUUUGUUUUGGUGCAAGGCCGUAAGAAAUGAUAAGACCGAUAUUUAAUUUAAGGGAGAAAAACAAAACAAAACCAUAUUGCAAUUUGUCGUUAAUUUAGUCUAAGAGAUAUAUGGUUUUAAUCAAAAUAUUAGGUAAGGAAGGUUUGAUGAGUCUACUUUAUGUAAAGAGUGGUGCUGAUUCCAAAUAUAGCAGUCUUAUUGACCCCACUUAAAACACAAUUGCCAUUUUGACAUCUCUCUUCUUUUUUUUACCAAAAAGAGCCAAAAUCAGACAUUUGUUAAAUGAGUAGUCUGGUGUUACCAUAUUGUAUCUAAUAAGCCUCUAUACAUUUUGUAAUACUAGUUUGUGUUCUAGAUCGUGCCAAGAACCACACUCUCAUCAAUGAGGUCAAUUCUGAUUAAAGCCAUGUACCUCUUGGAGUAAUUCUGCUUGAAAUGUCACUAUACACUGCUUCAAACUGUCCCAGAAUGCAUGAAAAAAAAAUAAUAAUCCACCAAAACAACAAAAACCAAAACCAAAACAACAAAAACGAACAACCCCAAACAACAACAUAUAUUUAAAGAAGAAAAAACAUAUUGGUUGGGAUCAUUAUCUCUCAUCCUCCAGGCAUUGUAGUCAAAAUAAGCCUUACCAAUAAUUUUGAGCUUCCUGGCCUGUGUUUGUUUUAAAAUAAAAUUUGAAAUAAAAAGGCAUAUUAAAAUUAAAAUUUGUUUUGUUUAACAACAACACUUGAGCAUAUUGAUUUAUUAAUCAUCUGCUAUUGGAUGUCGGACAUCUGGUAACCCGCUACCUUUUUUCAUUAGUAGCAAGGCAUCUUUUAUGUGCACCCACCGACGGGGAUCGAUCCCAGACCGACCGCGCAUUUACUUAUUUGUUGUAAUUAGCAUACGUUUGACAGAUAUAAAUACUAAUUAAACAUGUUCUUUAGGGCAUAUACCACCAAGUCAUAUCUCACAGACGAAAAUAUUAACACAUGGAAUCAGUGUGCUCUAGUGGGGUCGUUAAACAAAACAUACUUUAUAUUAACACGUGGCUGUAACUACUACACGCAGCAUUUAUAUACUACGUCAAUAUAUACUACGACCAGUAGAAAUGGGGAAGGGGUUAAGUUGCUAAUUUCAAUAAUAUAGUAGGGUCGAUUAGCACAUUGGGCUAUUUCUUGUUCCAGCCAGUGCACCACGACUGGUGCAUCAAAUGCAGCGGUAUGUGCUAUCCUGUCUAUGGAUGGUGCAUAUAAAAGAUUCCUUGCUACUAAUGGAAACACGUAGCAGGUUUACUCUCUAUGUGUCAAAAUUACGAAAUGUUUGACAUCCAAUAGCCGAUGAUGAAUUAAUCAAUGUGUUCUAGUGGUGUCGUUAAACUAAAUAAACUUUAUCUUUACUUAAUUCAGUAGGAACGUGUACGUUUCAAGCACAGUAGUACUUAGCUGUUACACUGAUACUAGUUGAAAGGAUCACUUCAAACUACCAGCUGGUGAGAUGCUAUUUGGUGUGGGGCGGGAUUUAGUUCAGUCGGCUAAGUGCUCGCUUGAGGUGCUUGCGUCACAGGAUCGAACCACCUCGAUGGAUCCAAUCAACUGAUUGAGAUUUUUCUCUCGUUC